AUCACAUGCACUCUCCCAAGAAAUACACACCAAACUGAACAUGCUCAUGUGACCACGGAUUCAGUUUGUAUCAGGUGGUCAUUUCAACAAGAGGAGGGGCAGGUAAGAAAGGAUCAAACAGCCUUUUUAUACAAUGCAGAGAAUUAACCCCUUAGGUUCCACAGUGAGUAUAACAAGCAUGCUUUACUGCCAGAGGUGGACUGACAACUAAUAGGGUCCCCGGGCAAUAGGGGAUCGUGGGGCCCCUGUGUCCUUGCCCAAACUCAAAAAAGCCUAU